AUGGAAAUCGCAGCAUCUGGGAAUAAGAAUAGGGUCCUACCUGCGUGGAUGACAGCCCAGGUGACUGAGAGUGUGAGGCCCACAAAGUCCCCCAAGAGGAGGAGAACAGCCGUGGCCAGGACAGCAUCAGCUGCAAGACUUCCUGCCACGAGGACCGUGUACUGCCUGAAUGAAGCGGAACUUGUCGAUGUUGCCCUGGGAAUCCUGAUUGAGGUGAAGUCCACUGUGGAUUUCUUACCCCCUUGCCUUCCCCUGCACCCCGCAGUUCUGAGAGUUGGGAACCCCCAUAUUUUUAUUCAGUUGAAAGCAGUAAAGGAAAGCAUGUGCCGUCUGCAGGGCCACAAACAGGAAGAGCUCUGGGAGCAGCAGGUCCUGGCUGGCUCUGAUAAGCUGGAGCUCUCCCCCAACCACUCGAGGUCACCAUGGUCUCCUGGGGGCCAAAGUGAUGUGGACGACAAUGGAGAGGACGCCCUGCCCGUCAGCCAUGGCCCUUCCCAGGGGCUGGGGAGGGCCGACCCUGUCUGCAGCCAAAGUCAGGAGGAAGAGGAGGAUGCCUUGAAAUAUGUCCGAGAGAUCUUUUUCAACUGA